UUUUUUUUAUUUUGAGAAAAUUAAAAUGUGCUGCAUGAUAAGGGAGAAAUUUGCAUUUUGAAACAUUAAUUUCUUAGCUCAAAAUCUGCAUACUUCAUUUAAACUAUUGUAACUAAUUAUGCCAAAAUACUUAUCUUCUAUAACUUGUUAAAGAACAACCACAUUUGAUUUUUAUUUUGUACAACUUUUUGGCCGAAACUAUAAUUAUACAUUGUUCUUAUAAGUAAGGGUGAAUAAAGAUUUGGAAAUAUUUGGAGUAAAUUAUAUAAGUGUUAAUUAAUAUUUGUUGUUGAUGAGAUUAUCUAUGCAAUUAAUUUCAUAAAAUGCAGGGCAAAACUAACUAAAAUAUGCAAAACUGAGAGCUGGUUGAACAGAAGUUUAAAAAAUUAUGAACCAAUAAAAACUGAUGAUCUAAACAAUAGAACCCUUUCGUACACCACGUGUAAUGUGCUAUCAAUCAGUUAUCACUGAACAAUUUUGGAGAGAAAAGUCGCCAAUUAUAUAUUUGUGACUUCAAUUUUUUACCUGCUUGCAGUUUAUUCAUAUGUAAGUAUGUAUACAAGCAUAAAGUGCAUUUUUCAUAUGCAUACACAUGUAUAAUGCAUAUGAAAAGAUAGAUAUCACGUAUUUUUCAACAAUCAACAUAACAUGUUACAUAUUAUUUAAGAGCAGGAUCUAUGGGGUACUGAUUGUGAGUAUGGGUUUACUGGACCCCACGAAAACUAGCUAUACCACUUUAAUGGUUGGUCCACACACUUACAUAAUUACUUACUGAAAGUCGUGCAAAUAUUUAAGUUAUCAUUUUCUAACAUAGAUAAGAUUGCCUGGUUAUGAAGUAGUAUUUGAUAUCAUAGAAUAAAAUAUCUUAUCUUGUGUAUAAGUUGCACUGCACUCAAAUCCCAUAAACACUUGAAUCACAAAUACUGCGAUGCGAGCAGAAUAAAAUAUUAACAUCAAAUCAUUUUACAAUCACAAACAUGAUGUUCAAGGAUUAAGUAAAAAAAAAAAAAAAAAAGUGGCCGGAAUUAUUCACAAAUUUCUCAUCGUUUCUUGAAAAAAGAAAUCAUGUCAUCCUCCAUCCGACUGGGAGAACCUGUCCAAAUCGUCAACUUCAAACUCUUACCCAGCCAACCAUCCCGACUCGUCUUGCAGAAAAAACUUCUCUCCCAGAUCCUGAAAGAGGUAGGAAAUACCCCCAUUUGCCUUAUCUCCAUCGCCGGUGCGUCCCGUCAAGGUAAAUCAUUCCUCCUCACCGUCGUCCUAAACGCGCUGGAAUGCUUAUCUCGAGGACAAACCGAUUACUGGGAGGAUCUCGACCGGUUGAAUGGCCUGAGCGGAUUUCACUUCAAAAAUGGUACCGAACGUGACACCGUUGGUUUGUGGUUAUGGUCGAAGCCAUUCAUCAUUACGAAGUCGGAUAAUACCAAAAUUGCCGUCAUGCUGAUGGACACUCAGGGAGUUUUUGACAGCUAUACGACGGAGAGGGACUGGGCCAUGAUUGUCGGUCUCAGCCUCCUGACGUCUUCCUGCCUUAUCUACAACUUGUUCAACAACAUGCAGGAAGACACGUUGAAAAUAUUUCAUAAUUUUGUCGAAUUUGGAAUGCUUUCUUUAGAAGAGGAUUCCACUGCUACGAGUGCCUUUCAAAAACUCGUUUUCCUCAUACGGGACUGGAAUUUUCCAAAUACUCACUCCUACGGACCGCUCGGUGGUUCCAACUUUCUCGAGAAGAAACUCGCCGUGACGCCCGAUAUGCCACCGGAAGUUACAAAGAAAACGCUGGUCACAUGUUUUGAAGAAAUUUUCUGCUUCCUAAUGCCCAAUCCGGGCGAGGCUGCGAAGGAUAACAACUUUUCCGGAGCUUUGGGUCUUCUAAAUGAAGCAUUUCGUGACAAUCUACGCCUUUUUGUGGACAACUUGAUUUCAUACGACGAUCUAAAACCGAUUAAAAUUGGGAACAAUAUCAUUGACGGGACCAGCCUGAUAAGCUACUUUGAAAAAUAUGUUGAAGUUUUCAACGGGAAAACGAUCCCACAACCGAAAUCACUUUAUCAAGCAAUGGAGGAGGCCAGGUUGGGUUCGUGUAUUACAAAAUGCUGCAACCAGGCGAAAGAGAAAUUGGAAAAGGUUCAAAAAUCAUGCAAGUACAUUCCAAACAAUGAAUUCAAACAGUACUGCGACAAGUUUGGGAAGGAAGCUUUGACAGAGUUCAUGGCGGAAGGGAACAAAACUAAAAAUCAAGAGUUUGUCCAACGACACCGUGCCAUACUUUUGUCCGAUUUGAAAACUUUAUUUGGAGACAUUUUUGCGACAAAUGAGACAUCCAACAAAUCCAUUUUGAAUAAAAUUCUGGACGUCUCUUUAGCACAGUUUAAGUCAAUUUUGGCAGAGAAAACACGACAAACUCUUCUCGAACAAGAUUUGGAAGACAUAUUGGAAACUGAAGCAAAAAAAAUUAUGCUAAAGGUUCGUCAAGAUUGUGAAGGAUGGGAUGCCACAUUUCAGAAAGAGGCUGAAACCAAGAUCAAAGAGUUAAUCGACACGGAAAACACAGCAAUAAGAGGGCAAAAUUCCACUAAAUUUAAAGAACUUGAACACUUGUGUCAAACAUCGCUCCAGACUUGUACCCAAGAAUACAACAGUCUUAUGAACCUUGCUUUAGGCAACGACGUAAAAAAUGUCACAGAAGAAAAACUGAGUCAAACUCAUAAGAAAUGCGAAUCCAUCGUCCUUCCCAAAUUCAUGGGUUCCCUCGCAAAUGAAUCCGAAAUUAUCCAGGGGCAUUUUCGCCAUCAAUUUAACACUGGAAUCAAUCAGAUUCUAGAACAAUAUGCAGAAAAAUUCAGCACAGCUCGAAAUGAAGCGUCAUCUGCUGCAAAAAAUAUAUACGACGAAUCAUACACCGCUUACAUCACAGCAAUGACCGCACUCGCGGAAUCUGGCACCGCUUCGGAAAGUGAUCUCAAGACGGAACACCGAUUCAAAGUUUUGGAAGCAUGUCAGACAUUGAACCAAAUUCAAAUAAUUUGCUCCUCAGAGGAGGCGAAAGAGUUCGAAAAUAAGAUGCGGCAAGAAACCACACAGUUUUGUGACGAGCUCAUCGCUAGCAUCCACAACGAGAAAGAACGCUUCCAAUCGCUGCUUGACCAAGCCGUGAAAAAUGCAGUGGAAACUUAUGACCAAGAAAUUAAGAGUGCCGUCCUUUCCACGGCUGAUGUACCAUUGUCAAAUGAAGAUUUUGUAAAUAAACAUGAGAAAAUUCUUGGCAAAAUUUUGAGCAAGGUCUCCGUAUCGGAUUGGAUACCUGCUGAAAAUCGUUCAACCGUAGAAAACAAAAUCAGGCAAGGGGUUCAAAAAUUGUAUCAAGAUGCGCAAUCCAGCAACAAUUGUAACCUGGAAAAGGCUGAAUUGACAGCGCUGGAAAAAUCUAAGACUUUCCUUGCCACGUAUGACGAAAGAAUGGAUGCACUCGUAUCUAGAGUGGCACCACCCGUUCAGAAAACUGAGCUAGCAAGCACUCACAAAAAGUUGGAACAAGAAAUCGGAAAAACUGCAAAGAAAACUUUUGCAAAUUUCCCAAAAUAUAUUGUCGAUAGAAUCUGGGGAAAAUUACAGCUCGACAUGAACAGCCGUUUUGAAGACUAUAAGGAAAAAUUGGCCUUAAAAGUCAAACAAAAUCAAACAAAAAUGUCACAGCUAGUUUCCGAUUAUGUAGAAAUGUAUCUUUCGGAGAUGGACAAUUUAAGGAGUACCGUAAAAAAUAUUACAGAUGCAGACCUGGUCCGAUUCCAUGAACACAGUAAAUCAAAGAAUAUGCGACAUCUGACCAAUAUCCUUCGCCUUAACGAGAACUUAGAUGAGGGAAAAGUCCAGAAAGAACUUAAUGAAAAACUUGAGCAAGUUUUUUCCGAAAUUCAACAGGACGCUUCUGAUUUGUACAAAGCUACUAACACCAAAAUUUCCGAGCUGUGCAACACUGCUAAAGUUAACUAUCAGAAAGCAAUUGAAAAAAACCGUGCUCAAAAUGAGGAGGAACUCAAGAAAAUACACGAAACUGUAUUAUCUACCGUUUUAGACGAGUUUGAACGCAGUUUUACAGAGAUUGGGGAUAUGCAAAGGUUCCGGCAGGAGAAAGUUGCUCUGCAGGCCGAUCUCCAAGAUUUGCAUGGAAAAUCGGUCAACAAUUUCCUUGACCAGCAUGAUAAGAAAAGUAGACAAGAAAUUAAUGAACUCUUGGAAAACUACAAAAAGCAGGUACAAUCUCAGUUGGAUCAAUUUUAUUGCGUGUCUGAUUCAAAAUUACGAGCUCUACACGAUCACGCUUUCUCUGAACUACUAAGCAAUUUUCAACAAUUGGUGACAAUACCUUCAAACCUAAAUUCAAAAACGUAUGAUGACCUGCUCAUACAAAAAAUUAACGAGGCUUUCAAAUUAUUCGAGAGUGAAAAUAUCGCCAAAAAUAAAUCUUUGCGCAAGACCAUUCAAAAUCGAGUGGUCCAACUUUCCAAAGAACUUGUAGCCGAGCUCAACACAAUGAACUACAUAGAUGACACGACCUUGAGGAAAAUUACCACCAAGUACAUCCAGUUGUACGUAGAAUCUGUAACAAAUGAAUUUUCUGUUGAUGCAAAUCUAGCUGCUUUCUGUGUCUCUCAAAUGACAGAGGCUUGUACAAUUGCAGUUGAUACUUGGAAACCAGAGGCUAUUGGUAAUCGACUUGUUGAAAUAUGUACCUCCACCUACAUGUUAGAAAUGGACGGUAAUUUAAAAAAUCCCCUCUUAACUGCCAGCCACUUUCAAAUUCUGCAUGAAACAGCAUCUCAUAAUGCAAUCCGGAGGUUCAAAGAGGACUCAAAGUCUCAAAUUCUACCUGAAUUUUUGACGGACAAGUUUGAACAAGCCCUUCAAAAAAAUAUUGACCAAUUGAGCAAGAAUUUUAAGGAAGAAUUUGACUCUACAAAACCAAACCUAAAAGGUGCAGCAGAAAGUGGUCAAAACCAGUCAAAAUUUCUAUUUAACCAUAUACCAACUUCCUCAAAACAACUGCAACCAGUUCCAAAAUCAAGCCAAGUCCACGCUAAGUUGAACGCAGCGCUUAAAAAGAUUCAUCACAAUUCAUAAUCCAUUUCAUCCAUUCAGAAUGCAAAACAUUACAAAUAAAUAAAUUGUGAUUCAUCAUAACAAUUGUUGCGUAUGUAUGGAUAAACAAAAGUUCCAUGACCGUUUGGGGGUCACUACUUUUAAUAUAAUUUUGAAAAUCAUACCAAAUUUUAACUUUAUACAGCAAGUUAGUCGGUUAAGUAAGUUAGAAAUUCGGCUUCAUAUUCUUUUCUUAAUUAUUUAUGAGCAAUUUGAUAUCUUUUCAAUUUCAGCUCAAUUUCAGCUUUAAAAUUUCUUCAAAUUAGUGAAGGUGGUACUGUCACCAGACCAAAAAGUUUUUCAGGUCACCUUUAUAUAUAUUCCGAGUGUAUGUAUAGCCUCCAUUAAGACUAUUGUGUCGAAUUUAAGCGAUCGACGACUAUGAUUUAUGAUUUUAUGAUUUAAACCUUUAUUCACGUGUUAAUAGUUAUCAGUUUACAAAACUGGUUUAAAAACUAUGACACAAGUAGAUAAAACUAUAUAUUUAACCUAAAAAAUAUCUAAUGGACUCAAUAACAAUAUUGGUCGUCACGUGCAUUAAUGAUGUGUUCACGGACGGCUUGUACAUAUUUGUUGUAGCUCAAGUUUGGGUCCCAAUCGCGUGGGAGUUUGUUCCAUAACUUGGUCGCGCGAUAAUUUAUGGAUUUUUGAGCAAAGUUACAUGAUGUUACAGUUAAGAGUGGCCAAGAACGUCUAAUUGCGGAGGAACUUAUUUGGUCUUGGAGGUGUUUAAAAGCGUACUUAUACAGAAAUAAAUCACGACGCUCUCGUAUUGUCAAAAGGUUA